AUGUCGUCAAUUUCGAGCGAUUCUUGUCCUGAGUCCGAUGUGUUCUCCACGGCUACAAAAACUGAAGUUAGACGACUUGCAGGAGAUCGCUGUUGGGUAUGUCAAUCUACAGAACCUCAGAUCUGCCAUGUAAUCGCGAAUGAGGAUAAGCAACUGGAUGUUUGGUUUGAGGCGGGCCUUCUCAACUUCUCUUUACUAUCGGCAGCAAACGGAAUACCUCUCUGUGCGACUUGUCACACCCAGUUUGAUCGAGCUCAUGACCCAGGAUUCGUCUUUAUACCCACCGACCUACAGUACUUUAUCGAUUUUGAGCUCGAGGAUAGAGAGAGGAGAUUAGCUAGUAAUACUCUCCCUCGGCAGGUCCCAACAAGUGUCAUGUACAGGGACCAUUUAAUGAAGGAGAAGAAGAUCCCAGAUGAUACAACGAGUGGACUGUAUCGACCAAUUUUCCUGAAAGAGUACCUGCUUCAAGGUAUUAUCUCUGUCGAAGAUCUCGGCUUCACAAAACCUAAACAGUGGCAUGGGGCUCCAAUUGCGACGUUACGGCGAGGUAUCCUAGCCCUCGGGAGCGCUAGGAUCACUUCACUUGAUAAAGUGACCGUCGCUCAACUGCAAGUGCUCCGUGACCUGUACUUUCGACCGGUUGAAGAUAACUCGGUAAACGUCAGAAGUAGUUUGGUCCAACCAGAUAUUCAUUGCCAGAAACGACGUACGGAUGAUGAUGACGAUGAGCAACCUAAAAAUAAGAGGUUCAAGCGGGAUUCGACCAGGACAGACAAGCCAGAGCACAUGGAUGGUAACGACUUGGACGCCAAGCAGCAUUAUCUUCGUGCUUUCGAGGCAGAAUGGGUUUUGGGCCCUAAUUUCACCACCGAACAAAUCAUUCAUCGGUACGCUCCUUUAUUUGCUCAUGAUUGA